CGGACACGACGACCACCGUGCUUGUCAUGACGGCCACUGUGUCAGACCCGACGACCAUCGUGCCGGACACGACGACCAUCGUUGACGAUCGUGUCGGACACGAAGACGGUCAUGCUCGAUACUAUGGCGGUCAUGUUCGACAUGACGACGGCCGUGUUCGACACGACGUUGGUCACGUCGACGGCCGUGCACGACAACGAGCCGGACACUACGACGAGCGUGUUCGACACGACGACAGCCGUGUUCGACACAAUGGCGAUUGUGUUCGACCCUACGACAAUCGUGUUCGACACGACGAGGAUCGUUUUCGACACGACGACCAUCAUGUUCGACACGGCGAUGAUCGUGUUUGACACGACGCCCAAAGUGUUCGACACAACAACGAUCGUGUUCAACACGACGACCAUCGUGUUUGACACGACGACCAGCGUGUCGGACACGACAACGAUCGUGUCAAACACGACGACCAUCGUGUUUGACACGACGACCAGCGUGUCGGACACGACAACGAUCGUGUUUGACACGACGACCAGCGUGUUCGACACGACAACGAUCGUGUUCAACACGACGACCAGUGUGUCGGACACGACAAGGAUCGUGUUCAACACGACGAUGACGGUGUCGACCAUCGUGUUCGACACGACGACGACUGUGGUGAAAGUGUUCGAGAAAACUUGUUGACGUCACCGAUAAACCGGCACUGGACAC